CUCUCUUAUCAUGGCGUCUUCGCUCUGCUUUGCCAACGCGAGAACGGCCGCCACCCACAGAUUUGAACCCUGCAAAAGAAUACAGAUCGAUUUCUUUACCUAGGUGCUCCGAUGGCCUCAGGACUCAAGUCAGUCCUCAUAACCGGCUGCUCUUCAGGUGGGAUUGGCGACGGACUGGCCCAAGCCUUCCAUGAAAGUGGGUAUCACGUCUUCGCGACCGCGCGGACACCGUCAAAGAUCUCACCAUCCCUCGCCAAAGCACCCAAUGUCACCGUCCUGACUCUCGACGUGUUAUCCUCCGAAUCGAUCGCCGCGGCAGUCGAGAGCGUCACGAGGGUGACCGGCGGCAAGCUCGAUGUGCUCGUCAACAACAGCGGCUUGCUGAUGGUCAUGCCGGCGUUGGACACGUCGAUCGAGGAGGGCAAGAGACUGUUCGACACCAACUACUGGGCGGUCCUGGCCAUGAUCCAGGCCUUUGCUCCGCUCUUGAUCAAAGCGAAAGGGUACAUCGUGAACAACACGUCGGUGAGCGGGGUCGUUCCCUUCGGGGCCUUUGGAAGCAUCUACAACAGCUCCAAGGCGGCCGCCAUCCUGGGGAGCGAAACGUGGCGUCUCGAGCUCGCGCCCCUGGGCGUCCGGACCUUGACCCUGGUGACCGCUGCCGUCAAGUCCAACGUCUUCGCCAACAUGGCCCCGCCGCAAAUCCCCGAGAACUCGUACUACUACGGCAUCCGAGACUACAUUGAAGGGCUCUGCGACGGCAGCAUGCAGGAAAGCGGCAUCACGGCGAAGCAGUUUGGUCUGCAAGUCGUCCGACAGGUCGGAAAGGGCAAGACGGGAAAAUACUGGGUCGGCGGCGGUGCGUCAUCUGCUCGCUGGGCCGCAUGGCUGUUGCCGGCAUUUAUAAUGGACGCGCUGUUAGCCUCCCUGUUUCCCUUCGCCAAGUUGCUACAGGCCCAAUCCAGAAGCAAAGGGUGAUCAAAAGGGUAGAUGUAUCC